UUUCCGUCUCCCGCCGUUGCCUACGAUUCGAGAAAUCAUUAAGUUGUUCAGACUGCAAGCGGUGAAGCAGCUCUCCCAGAAUUUUCUCCUGGACUUGAGGCUGACAGAAGUGAUGACAAGUUGUACUGAGUUCUCCUGAAUGCGCUUUUCCAUGAUUUCUUAUGGUCUGCCAACUUAAAGAAGUUGAUUAAUUAGAGAAGAAUUUCUCUGCAUCAACGCAAAGUUUCAAAACUUCCACUGCUAAAUUUAACUUUUAACUGAAAACCACUAAAAAUCCAAAUUUCUGCAAGUCUUACAGUCUAGGAAAUUGUUGCCAUUGCCAUAUUGACCAGCAACCAGAUGUCUAGAGAUAAAAUCGUCCGGAAAGCUGGCAACCUGACAAAUGCUUAUGUGUACGAGGUGGGCCCUGGGCCAGGGGGCAUCACAAGGUCCAUUCUCAAUGCCAGUGUUGCUGAACUUCUAGUGGUUGAAAAGGACAGUCGCUUUAUUCCUGGAUUACAGAUGCUUUCUGAUGCAGCCCCUGGAAAACUGAGAAUUGUCCAUGGAGACGUGUUGACGUUUAAGGUAGAAAGGGCUUUUCCAGAAAGUCUUAAAAGACAGUGGGAGGAUGAUCCUCCAAAUGUACAUAUUAUUGGAAAUCUACCUUUUAAUGUAUCAACUCCACUGAUAAUCAAGUGGCUCGAAAAUGUUUCUCAGAGAGACGGACCUUUUGCUUAUGGCAGGACCCAGAUGACACUGACUUUUCAAAAGGAAGUGGCAGAGAGACUCACCGCCAGCACGGGAAGCAGGCAGCGCAGCCGCCUCUCGGUGAUGGCCCAGUACCUCUGCCACGUUCAGCACAUCCUCACGAUUCCAGGCCGGGCUUUCGUUCCCAAACCGGAGGUGGACGUGGGCGUGGUGCACUUCACUCCCCUGACACAGCCCAAAAUAGAGCAGCCCUUCAAGCUGGUGGAAAAAGUCGUGCAGAACGCAUUUCACUUCCGAAGGAAGUACUGCCAUCGAGGACUUGGGAUGUUAUUCCCCGAAGCGCAGCGCGUAGAAAGCACUGGAAAGCUGCUGCAGCUGGCAGAUGUGGACCCCACUCUCCGCCCCAGCCAGCUCUCCGUCCCCCAUUUCAGGAGCCUCUGUGAUGUCUACCGGAAGAUGUGUGAUGACGACCCACACCUCUUUGCUUAUAAUUUCAGAGAAGAACUCAAGAAAAAUAAGUGCAAAAAUCAGGAAAAAAAGGGUGACAGGGAGAGCUCCCGGCUGUAGUGGCCACUGCAGGGGCCAGCGCUUACCGGGCGCGGAUUUUCACGAGGUCGAGCGCCUCGCGUGUGAACUCUGACUUCCACAGAACGACAAGAACCAGUUACCAGGUGGGACGUUUUUCCCGUUUACUGUACAGCUUGGUAGAGAAAAUAAAUAUGAUAAUCAAGUUACAGUACAAGCUUUCUUUUAAUAUAUA